AUGGCCCAGGAAUUCCGAGUACCGUUGAGGUCCCUCCUUUCUAACACUUGUUGGUUUGGUUCUCUCCCCCAGUACAUGGAGAUCGUGGCCAAUGAGUACCUGGGCUAUGGAGAGGAGCAGCACAGCGUGGACAAGCUGGUGAAUAUGACGUAUAUUUUCCAAAAACUUGCGGCUGUCAAAGACCAGCGAGAAUGGGUCACCACAAGCGGGGCCCACAAGACAUUAGUAAAUUUACUUGGUGCCCGAGAUACUAAUGUUCUCCUGGGCACUCUUCUGGCUCUGGCUAGUUUAGCUGAAAGUCCAGAAUGCAGGGAGAAGAUAAGUGAACUCAACAUUGUGGAAAAUCUGCUGAUGAUUUUACAUGAAUACGAUUUACUUUCCAAAAGGCUGACUGCAGAGUUACUGCGCCUGCUUUGUGCUGAGCCCCAAGUGAAGGAGCAGGUGAAGCUCUACGAGGGCAUACCCGUGCUGCUCAGUCUCCUCCACUCAGACCACCUGAAGCUGCUCUGGAGUGUCGUCUGGAUUCUGGUUCAGGUUUGUGAGGACCCUGAGACCAGCGUGGAAAUUCGCAUCUGGGGAGGCAUCAAGCAGCUUCUUCAUAUUUUACGAGGUGAUAGAAAUUUUGUUUCUGACCGUUCUUCCAUCGGAAGUCUGUCCAGUGCAAAUGCAGCGGGCCGAAUCCAGCAGUUUCAUUUGUCAGAAGAUUUAAGCCCUCGAGAAAUACAAGAAAAUACUUUCUCUCUUCAAGCAGCCUGCUGUGCUGCCCUCACAGAACUGGCGCUCAAUGACACCAAUGCCCACCAGGUAGUUCAGGAAAAUGGUGUAUAUACAAUAGCAAAAUUAAUUUUGCCAAGCAAACAAAAGAAUGCAGCAAAAACUAAUCUUUUACAGUGUUAUGCUUUCAGAGCUUUGAGAUUCCUCUUCAGUAUGGAAAGAAACAGACCGCUCUUUAAAAGGAUUUUCCCUACCGACCUCUUUGAGAUCUUCAUUGACAUAGGACACUAUGUUCGAGACAUCAGUGCUUACCAAGAAUUGGUAUCAAAACUGAAUUCGCUAGUGGAGGAUGAACUAAAGCAAAUUGCAGAAAAUAUUGAAAGCAUUAAUCAGAAUAAAGCACCUUCAAAAUACAUAGGCAACUAUGCAAUUUUGGACCAUCUGGGAAGUGGAGCAUUUGGCUGUGUUUACAAGGUUAGAAAACGUAGUGGUCAAAAUCUUUUAGCAAUGAAAGAGGUCAAUUUACAUAAUCCAGCGUUUGGGAAGGAUAAAAAAGAUCGGGACAGCAGUGUGAAGAAUAUUGUUUCUGAAUUAACCAUAAUUAAAGAGCAGCUUUAUCAUCCCAACGUGGUACGAUAUUACAAAACUUUCCUAGAAAAUGACAGACUGUAUAUAGUCAUGGAGCUUAUAGAGGGGGCACCUCUUGGGGAGCAUUUCAGUUCUCUGAAGGAGAAGCAACACCAUUUUACUGAAGAAAGACUAUGGAAAAUAUUUAUACAGCUGUGCUUAGCUCUCCGGUACUUGCACAAGGAGAAGAGGAUUGUUCAUCGAGAUCUGACACCAAACAACAUCAUGUUGGGGGAUAAGGACAAAGUGACAGUGACGGACUUUGGCCUGGCAAAACAAAAACAAGAGAACAGUAAACUCACAUCUGUGGUUGGAACAAUCCUGUAUUCCUGCCCUGAGGUCCUAAAGAGCGAGCCAUAUGGAGAGAAGGCUGAUGUCUGGGCAGCAGGCUGCAUCCUUUAUCAGAUGGCAACUUUGAAUCCUCCCUUCUACAGCACCAACAUGCUCUCGUUGGCUACAAAAAUAGUGGAGGCAGUCUAUGAUCCAGUGCCAGAAGGCAUUUACUCUGAAAAAGUGAUAGAUACCAUCCACAGGUGCCUCACUCCUGAUGCAGAAGCCCGACCAGAUAUUGUCGAAGUCAGCUCGAUGAUAUCGGAUGUAAUGAUGAAGUAUUUAGACAGCUUGUCUACGUCUCAGCUGACCUUGGAGAAAAAGCUGGAAAGGGAGCGGAGGCGCACGCAGAGGUAUUUCAUGGAAGCCAAUCGCAAUGCCGUCACAUGCCACCAUGAGCUGGCGCUGCUCUCUCACGAAACCUUUGAGAAGGCCAGCCUGAGUAGCAGCAGCAGCGGGGCCGCUAGCCUGAAAAGUGAACUAUCAGAAAGUGCAGACCUGACCCCCGAAGGCUUCCAGGCUCCCUGCGGGAAGGAUGAAGACAGGGCCUGUGACGAAAUCUUGUCAGAUGAUAACUUCAACCUGGAAAAUAUUGAGAAAGAUAUCUAUUCCGAGCUAGAGGAUGAAUUGGACAUUUCGGAUAACUGCAGCAGCUCCAGUUCCAGCCCUCUGAAAGAGUCUACAUUCAGCAUUUUAAAAAGAAGUUUUAGUGCUUCAGGAGGAGAAAGACAAUCGCAAGCAAGGGACUUCACUGGUGGAAUAGGAUCAAGACCAAGACCAGCUUUGCUGCCUCUUGACCUGCUUCUGAAAGUGCCACCCCUCAUGCUCAGGGCCCACGUUAAGGAGCUAGAGACCGAGUUAGUGACGGGGUGGCAGUCCCAUAGCCUUCCCGCUGUGAUUCUUCGAGAUCUCAAAGAUCAUGGGCCACAGAUGAGCACAUUCUUGUGGCAAGCAUCGGCGGGGAUCGCUGUGUCCCAGAGGAAAGUGCGUCAGAUCAGUGAUCCUAUUCAGCAGAUCUUAAUUCAGCUCCACAAAAUCAUCUACAUCACGCAGCUUCCUCCAGCUUUGCACCACAAUUUGAAAAGGCGGGUCAUAGAGAGAUUCAAGAAAUCCCUCUUCAGUCAACAGAGUAACCCUUGCAAUUUGAAAUCUGAAAUUAAAAAGUUAUCACAAGGAUCUCCAGAACCGAUUGAGCCCAGUUUUUUCACCACAGAUUAUCAUUUGCUGCGUCAUUCAUCUUGUGGGAACAGCCUGUCCCCAAAUGACCCCACAGGUCUAGCCACCAGCUUUGAUUUGGAGGAAGGGAUAACGUAUGAACAGAUGCAGACUGUGAUUGAAGAAGUCCUAGAAGAAAGCGGUUAUUAUAAUUUUAUAUCUAACAGGUAUCACUCUUAUCCCUGGGGCACCAAGUCUCACCCAACCAAAAGAUGAAAAGACUGCAUUUGGAAUGGAGUUGGUUUUCCCAGUUCAAGUUCAAGUUCCGGACCUCAGCCAGUUACGCCCAAGAAUUGGGUGGUGCUGCUAGAAGAAUGGGGAAGAGAAAAGACCAAGAUGCCAUGUUGCCUACUGGGCCUCUUCCUGGAGGUUGGGUGCUGAGCUCUGUGACAACUUGCACUGCUUGCAGGUUUCGUUCCUAGGCUGUGUUCCGCACAAAAUGACAGGUCUCUCAGCGUGCUCCUGGGAGAAAACUCUGCAAGGUUCAUCUCUGGGAAGAAAGCCUGAUCCUCACAGAACUCUUCUGCCAGUUAAAAACUAGAUCUCUGUCACAUUUUUUAAACGAAUAUUUUAUACUUAGGUUGCUGAAACUGUGCUUGAAGACAUAUUGCCCUUCAUGUAUAAAAUUAAUUUUAGGUAGAGAAAAUUAUAGGAUUCAGAAUGAUAAUAUAUUGGGUGAUUCACUGUAUUCCCCAAUAUUUUUUUAAUUUUAAAAGAAAUUCACAAUAUAUAUUUCAACUUGGGGGGUGGGGUGGGUUUGUUUUGAUGAAAGGAUUGGUUCUAUCUUAACCUCUUGGGUGUUAGUGGUCUUGAACCAUGAUCCAGUGUAGACAGUAUUUGUAACCGUGCACAGCCUCCAGGAAUAACAGUCCAAAAUGUCAGGUUUAAGGUAGACUAAUAGGUAUAUAUUGAUGUACAAUGUGUAUAUAUGUACAUAUAUAUGAGGGGAGGGAUGUCUUUAUUAGGCUAACGCUUUGCUGCUAAUCAAACUUAUAGUGUUUUUUAGAGCACUUUGAGGAACUUAUCGAAUCUAUGAAAGAGAUGCAAUAUUUCUUAAUCUAAGUGCCUCAUUGCUAAAAUAACUUAUAUCGUUUAAAAAUUUUUCAUGGUGGGAACUUGAAAUGAAAAUAAGUUAUAUAAUAAAAUAUGUUCUUUCUCUAUUUAAUUGAAAUGUCCCUGAAUAAGAGAAAUCAGAAUGCCAAACAGUAUCUGAUUCCUAUGUAAGGAGAAUUUCUGAUGUUAAAACUCUAGAUUUCUUAAUGAGCUAAAAUCUCUUCAACUGGCUUUUAUAACUGGUAUGAGGUCAACAAAUGCCCAGAUUGCCAAAUCAAACUGCACUUCUAACUUCUUAAAGAACAUUUUAAUUCUAUAUAAUUAGUAUCUGAAAGCUGAAAUUAUGCUUCUUAUUUGCUCUUCUCUGAGUUCUCUUAUCUUUAUUUACAUUUACAUAUUUUUAGCGUGAUUGAAGAUAAUAUAGUUGAAUAUAUUUUCAGUGGUUGAAAAUAACCACUUAUAUAGUUUGGAAAAAUAUCCUAAUGUAAAUCUCUUACUAUUUUUUAUAGUUAGGAUAUAUAAUACUUUCAUGAUAUAAAAAACCCUUUAACAAAUAUCUUUGAAUCUUUAAAGAUUGCCAACGAAUCUUUAAGUCAAAUAUACCAUAACUUAUAAUGAUCUACGCAAGUACAGUAAUGAGCCAUUUUCAAUUUCAAACCAACUCAUAUGUUGACGAAAUUUACGUGUGGAAUCAGAUGUUUGGAUUUUGUUGAUUUACCCAGGCAAACAUUUAUUCCUGUUUCAACUUAAUUUCAAGUUUUCUUUUUUACUCUGCCACACCCAGUGGUGCUCAAGGUUUAUCCUGGGCUCUGCACUCAGAGAUGAUUCAUGGCAGACUGGGGAGACCAUUUGGGGUGCUGGGGAUCGAACCCUGAUUGGCUGCAUUCAAGACAAGCACCCAACCUUCUGUACUAUUGCUCUGGUCCCUCCUUUUGAUUUCUUCUUACUUAUAAAACAGGAACUUUUUUUCAUUGCAGAUGGCAUGGGCUGAGAGGGGCACACAUGUCAUGUCAAUUGUGUUAGAAACCAGCAUCUAGAAAUAAACCAAGCAUAUGAUGGGGGCGGGGGGAAGGUCUAAGAAAGGUUUUUCCUUGGAUGGUAAUGCACAUGAAACGAAGUUAAGAAAAGUAUGGCAUUCAGAGGCCACAUCUUAGUAAGAGAGAUUUCUGUGUCUCUUAUUUUUCGAUUGCAGAGUCUCCUAUGCACCAAGUAAAUGCUCUUUCACAGUCCUGUCCCCUGUCCCUGGUGUUUUCUGAAACUGCAGUUGACCUUUCUGACUUGAAAGGUAACAAAAUGUUUCUAAACCACCCAUGAGACCAUCUAAAUGACAUUGGUCAUUCUACAAGUCAGAAAGACUAAACAAUAGUAAGCAAAGGAAUGUGCUUUUUAACAACUGCUUUAGACCCAUCAACUAGACUUGCUGAGGUGGGUUCUUUUGCCAAAGCAAUGAGUGUGUUCUACUUGAAUCCCCCUCACAAACCAGUGUCACCUACUCAAAGUUCUCCCAGGGCAAGAUCAGGCCACUAAGAGGAAAUUAGCCUCCCCAAAGAGCAAAGUUUGGCUCAGAUAAUCACACCUUAACAGUGCAUUAACUUCAAAACCCUCAUUUUCUAAUUUUCAGAGUGCGGACCUCUUCCCUCCGAAUAUACUGAACCUCAUUUUGUGUGAACUAUUUGAACUGUCCCGUAGUUCAAAGAAUCUGUUACUUGAACUUAAUAGGCCUCAUCCUCUUUUCUUGGUUACAUUUAAUCUUUCUCCCUUUUUUGUUGAAAUUUAAAUUUAUAAAAAUAUUGUAUAAUUUUAUCUUUUGUGUGAAAAUCUCUGUGAAUCCAAUUCUCAGUUGCUGAAUAUUCCUAUGGAAAAUAAUAAGAGCUUGUCUUUGCAGAUUGCUUUUGGUACAUCAAUAUUCCAAUUAAGCAUAUUUUGAUCUACCGGGUCUCUCUGAAUUCUGUGCUCUUGGAACUUUUUCAAAGUUUGCUUUUUUAAAAGCAAAACCUAGUUCUCAGGGAAGUGGCUGCAGAAGGCACACAUGCUGGAUGGAUUCUCAUCGUGUUUCUUCAAUGUGUGCUGUUUUAUUGGAGUUCUUCAGGGAAAGUCACAUGCACCCUGUGCUCCUGGCUGGAUUCAGAAGCCUCCCAGAGAAAUGCCACCGGAGUUUAAUAUGGACCUUUGUGUGACUUUGGGCUCUGGACCUUUUGCACAGUCUGUCUUGGCAUUAUAAAUUAAAAACAAAAACAGAAUAACAAUACUGUUCUAGAGUUUACCUGAAUGAUGAAACUGAUUCAGAAUUCAUGUCUUCCUGGAAUGGCCAUCUGUGAUUCAUUAAAUAUUCUAACUUUUGUUCAAAAACAAUGAUUUGGUACAAUUUCUGCAAUACCACCAAUUCGUCACUGUA